AUGUCUUCUGCUUCGCAAUCUCAGACGCCUGGUGAAUCUGAAGCGGAACUCAUCGCGGAGGUGUCGAUGGACGCCGCCGUGAAGAAACGGAGUAGCAGAGCUUGCGACCACUGUCGGAAGACUAAGAACAAAUGCGAGCGCCCAGAAGACGGCGCCCCUUGCAAGAGCUGCGCCGCCGCUGGCAUCGGUAAUUUCUUUGCUACGCAAGCCGAUGACAAUGGGCUGACGAAUUAUCAAUAUCUAGCUUGUACUUUUCUAGGACCUACACACAAAAGAGGGCCGCCUAAAGGCUACAUCCAUGCCCUUGAACAACGAUGGUAUCUCGCGGAAUCCAUCCUUGGUGCUGUCCUUGCAUCUCCCGACCCUCGGGCGCAGAGUGUUGUAUCAACCCUUCGGCAAGACGAACUGGCCCAUGAAGUACUCAACAAAGUCGACAUCGGUCCUUUUGGAUCAACAGGGAGAGCGCUCAAGUCGUCCUUCCCUACUAUGGAGGAUUUAUUCUACGGCGAGCAAGCUGUUCCGCAGCCCCAUGGCCCAGCACGAGCGAACAGGCAAUCACGGGUAUCUCGGGAGUUUGUGUCAUUCGUACAAGAAAGCGCAAUGACUCCGGACGAAGUAUCGCAGUGGCGUGAUCGCCUUGCUAACCUCCUUGGCUCAUCGAAUCGACCGAAGUACUCAGCCGAUGAACCACGAGCGUCCACAUCCAUCGCGCCUCAGCAUGAUAACCCUCAGAACCGCCCGGUGUCGGGUGGACCUCCGGCGCAGAAGCGACGGCUCGAUGACAGCUUCUAUGGACCCGAGGGCCGCCCAGAUUUCAGCCGGAUGUACACGAUGGAUUCAGGGUCCACAACGAAUGAAACGCCCGCCACAAGUGACUCUGAUGAGGGUACUGAAGCAUUCGGCCAGUUGUCCCUCGACGAAAGGCAAGAGAUACGUUAUCACGGGAAGGCAAGCGGGCUUCACCUGUUGGGGAGGAACGAAAGGUCCGACGACGGGCGGGAAGGCGGCAUAUGGAAUUUCCCUUUAGUACGUCUGUGGAACGCAAGCUAUGCUCCCCUGACCAUGGAAGAAGCGCUCGACGUGGGGACGCCAGACCCGGAGAUACAGCAAAGACUCUUGAGCUUGUAUUUCACCUACAUACAUCCCGCAUUCCCUGUCAUUCAUAAGGCAACAUUUCUAAACGAGUACGAAGCGAGGUAUGUCCGUUAUUUUUACAAGCCGCCUAGUGACAUAAAUCUCAUUGCCAUCUCUGCGAGAAGUAAAGCCUCCCUCGGAGAUCAUACACGUAUAUCGAAGUUAUUGCUGCUCGUCAUCUUUGCUGUCUCCGAGAGGAUCAGGAGGGAAGAGGAAAAGUCGAAUAUGUGCGACUUUCUGAAGGAAGCAUUGAAUGAUCUCAAAGAAGUUUUCGAAGUCAGUCGGCUUACAACUUGCAAAGCACUGCUGCUCUUGGGCAUGCACGAAAUCGGUAUAGGAUCCACCGAACAUGCCUGGUUAUAUAUAGGGAUGGCCGUGCGAAUGGCCGAGGAUCUGGGUCUAAAUUGCGCGGGCGAUAAUUGGCGACUCAACGGUUCCGAAAUGUUCUCUCCCCUCGAGAACCAGAUAAGAAAGAGGAUUUGGUGGGCAUGUUGUAUCGCUGAAUCGCACAUAUGUUCUUUCAUGGGCCGGCCAAUGUCUAUUGGUCGUCAGGACUCGAACGUUGAGCUCCCUGAAAUUAACGAGGACGAAGAUGAAGAUAUCUGGCAAGCUCUGGGGAAUGAUGGUACUCAACACCAACCCAUUCAUAGCAAUAUCUCAAGCUGCUUCCGUUACGAGGCAUCCCUAUCGAUGAUUGUCAGUGACAUCCUGGCCAAGAUCUACCCCGUUCGUUCAUCCACGAGUACUUUACGACGGUCCCACUUGACUCAGCUGCAAUCGAACCUGCAUCAAUGGUACAUCGACUUGCCAGAACGCCUCAGGUAUGACAAGACGCAUUUGGUUCCCCCACACGUACUCGUCCUGCAUGUCCAAUAUUGGUCCGCUGUUUUACUUCUGAACCGUGCAUUUCUUCCCCGCAAGGUUGAACGAUCAAGUCUGUCGAUGCAAUGCAUGGAUGUUUGUCAAGUAUCCGCCAACCACAUUAGUACUCUAGUGAAUGAUUAUCGCGAGAAGUUCGGCCUGAAGUGCGCGUCGCCCAUCCUAAUACCUCACAUUCAGAGCGCAGGGAUUAUGCAUGCUGUGACUUUGAUGUUGCGCAAAUCAAAUGGUCAAGCCUACCUAGGAUGGUCUCAGUGCCUAUCGGCGCUGGAUGAGAUGAAAUCUGCAUGGCCCAGUGCCCAGCAAGCAUGGCAACUGCUCCACGGUGUUAAGCUUAAUUUCGACGAGUCCACCGGUCCUUCGACUGGUCCAACAGAUCGGCAGAAACUAACUCCGGAGGAAUAUCUCGUACAGACUCCUUACGACGCAGGGGGUUCCCAUGGUUCUGGUUCCGCCCCGAGCAUGGGAGAUAUGUUGGGGGAUCAUCUACGUCACGCGCACUUCACGAAUAUGGGGUCUGUCGGACAGUUUUAUCCUGGAUACGAGCCCUUGUCGACUUCGCAAGAGAACCCUUCUUGGCCCGCCUGGCAGCAUCCGUCGCUUCGUCCCGAAGUGCCCAUUAGCGUACCGCGCCCUCCGGGGUAUCAAGCCGUUCCAGACCCCUCGCUCGUUCACGCGUACUCUGACCGCGGUGGCACGAUGUAUAUUGUCCCUCACCUCCAUCGUCCUAACCCUCCGGAUCAUCCUCAAUAGCACCUAACGUCUAACAGGAUUUUGUAUUAUUCAGUGUAUGAUAUGACUCCACUCUGCGAUGUUUCCAUAGUAUCUGCCUUAGCACCUGUUACACUCUACGCGCUAUGUUCGUUACAGUGAUGAUUGUCUCACCAUCUUGUCCUUUGUUCCAUAUUCACGUAGGAUCCGUAGAUUUACUAGUAUCUCCUUUAGGUAAUCGGGGAAUUUUGGUUUAUG